AGUGCGGCGCGCAGCAUCCUGCAGCCUGCUCCGCCACCCUCCCGGCACUGCACGGCCGCCGCCGGCCCCGCGUCGCUGCCGCCGCCGCCGCCGCCUACCCGGCGCCCCCGCGUCACAGGCACGUGGGGCUCACUCCCCCCAAUCCGGGCUCCCAUGCCCCCAGGUCAGGUUCGGACCCCGAGACCCUGCCCAGGACUCUUGUUGGGAUCCCCUCCUCCAUCUCUUCUAGGUUAGUCUCAUCUCCGGAAAUUCCCCCGGCGUAGCCCUCCUUUCCCCGAGUCUUGAAACCCACUCCCUCGAGUGUGCUCCCCUCCACCGUCUCUCACCCGGAUUCAGAGCGGUGGCCAGCCACCGCGUCCCAGGGGCAGCGGAGAGGACAAGGGUGUCGGGGAGCAGAGACAAGCGCGGCUACUCCGCAGAAUGCAGCCCAGCGGCGGGACACCGGCCCCGGGGGCCCAGGCCGCGGGUCCCGGCGCCAGGCUGUGAACACCGCAGGGGGCGGUGCGCGGCUGCCUUCCAACACAGUCUCCAAAACCUGGGACCCCCCACCGGCCCACUCGCCGACCAGCGCUGCGCACGCGCACUGAGCACUCCCAGAAAGCCUUGAUGGACAACGAUGCCCUCCACGUAUCCAGAAACCUCGCGGCCGGGACCGAUCCCAGCUCAUUCCAGGUUGAAAAGAAGGCUAGUCCUCUCCGGAACGGAGGGGCACCGCCUUCCCUUCCCUUCAAACCACAGGGAACUACCCCCCUAUCCCGUAUGGAGAGGAUCUUAUGGAAUUCCCCUUAAGCUAGGAACAACUUGGGGCAUUUGACUCAUCGCGCCCCAAACCCAAGACCGUCUCCACUUUUCAUUCAUCACCCAAGCCGAAGGAACAUGUGCUGCCUGCCUCCUCACACUGACUCAUUCCAUUCUUUUUCGAGAAAGAGCACUCAUCUUUUUUCCCCCCCACGGCUAAAGGGGACUGAAUCCACCUCUUCUUCAAGUAUGAAAUCUAUUUUCACUUCUUGUUCCAAACUAAAAGAGAUCCUUCUCACUGCUUUCUCCAAUGAGAGAAAUGCUCUCACUGAUCUUUCAAGCCGGUAAUUAGUCCCCUCUUGUCCCUUAAUUGAGAGUGGCCCAUUUCGAAGGGACUCUACCAGGAGAUUUAAGCCCAAACUGCCCUCAAAUCCCCGCAAAGACCGGCUGCAGCCUCGCCCACACCCAACCUAGAGAACGUCUCCCCGCCCUCGGCUCUGAGGCGGAGCGGGAGCUCGGGUUUUCCCGCCCUCCUACGGUGGAACUAACGGGAUCACCAGCUCUGAGUGGCCGACCCAGGCGCCGCCUCCGGCGGUGGUGAACCCGGAGCGCGCGCGCUGGGCCCCGCCUUGGCCCCACCCCUUCCUCAGCCCCACCUCCCUCUGGCUCCGCCCCUCAAGCGGCCAGCGUCCGGGGCCCGGCCCAAACAGCCAAGUUAGUCGGGUUGAAGUUGCAGCGGAGCCGGGACACAGAGGCGUCCCGUGGUAGCCGGUGGCAGAGCCAUGGCGGGCGAGGAGGAGCGCGGGGAUGGGGACCCAGUAUCAGUGGUAACCGUGAGAGUGCAGUACCUGGAAGACACCGACCCUUUCGCAUGUGCCAACUUCCCGGAACCACGCCGGGCCCCCACCUGCAGCCUGGACGGGGCUCUGCCCCUGAGUGCGCAGAUUCCUGCCCUGCAUCGCCUCCUGGGGGCGCCUCUCAAGCUGGAGGACUGUGCUUUGCAAGUGUCUCCGUCUGGAUACUACCUGGACCCGGAACUAUCCCUAGAAGAACAGCGGGAGAUGCUGGAGGGCUUCUAUGAAGAGAUCAGCAAAGGGCGGAAGCCCACAUUGAUACUGCGGACCCAGCUCUCUGUGAGGGUCAAUGCUAUCUUGGAAAAGUUGUAUGGCUCCAGUGGCCCUGAGCUCCGGCGAUCUCUCUUCUCAUUAAAGCAGAUAUUCCAGGAAGACAAGGACUUGGUGCCCGAAUUCGUACACUCAGAGGGGCUGAGUUGCCUGAUCCGUGUGGGUGCUGCUGCUGACCACAACUACCAAAGCUACAUCCUUCGAGCCCUUGGCCAGCUAAUGCUUUUUGUGGAUGGGAUGCUGGGGGUGGUGGCACACAGUGAGGCCGUGCAGUGGCUGUAUACACUGUGCGCUAGCCUGUCCCGCUUGGUGGUAAAGACAGCCCUGAAGCUGCUGCUGGUGUUUGUGGAGUAUUCUGAGAACAAUGCACCGCUGUUCAUCCAGGCAGUCAACUCUGUAGCCAGCACCACCGGUACUCUUCCCUGGGCCAACUUGGUGUCCAUCCUCGAAGAGAAGAAUGGAGCUGACCCAGAGCUGUUGGUAUAUACUGUCACUCUCAUUAACAAGACACUGGCAGCACUCCCAGACCAGGACUCCUUCUAUGACGUGACAGAUGCACUGGAGCAGCAGGGCAUGGAAGCACUGGUCCAGCGCCUGUUAGGCACUGCGGGCACCGAUGUUGACCUGCGAACACAGCUCAUGCUCUAUGAGAGUGCCCUUCGGUUAGAGGAUGGAGAUAUGGAAGAGGCUGCAGCUGCGGCAGCUGCAGGUGGCCGUCGAGAGCGACGGAAGCCAUCCUCAGAGGAAGGCAAAAGGAGCCGAAGAUCACUAGAAGGUGGAGGCUGUCCUGUGCGUGCCCCAGAACCAGGCUCCACAGGCCCUGCCUCACCAGUAGGCUCCACCUCCUUCACUGGCCCCACCUUGCCGACAAGUCCAGCCUACAGCCCUACUGGCCCAGCCUCUGGCCUCCGGACCUCAGUGAACCUCUUCCCUACCAUUUCUGUGGGACCGUCAGUGGACAGUUCCUGUGAGAGAAGCGUCUACAAAGCCCGGUUCCUGGAGAAUGUGGCAGCAGCAGAAACAGAGAAGCAGGCUGCUCUGGCCCAGGGCCGGGCAGAGACGCUGGCUGGAGCCACAGUGGAUGAUACUGAUGGAUCAUCGUCAUCAGGCACCAGGGAACGAUGGGACUCCCCAGAGCCAGCCUCUGCACCUAGAACACCUCAGAGCCCUGUUUCCCGAAUCCUGCUCCGGACCCAGCGGAGUCUUGAGCCAGAUCUCAAGGAGCCAGUGUCACCACCAAGUCCCAAGGCUGAGCCUAUCCAGGAGCUUCCUACCCGUGUCCCCAAGCUCUGCAUUGGGGACUUGGACUUCUCAGAUCUGGGGGAGGAUGAAGACCAGGAUACAUUAAAUGCGGCAUCUGCGGAGUCUGAAAGACCGUUCCUACUCUUACCACAGACACCAUCCUCAUUCUCUGGGGGCCCCCCACCUCCACCCCCUCCUCCCCCACCCAUCUUAGGCUCCUGCCCCCCACCUCCACCCCCACCUCCCCCACCCAUCUUAGGCUCCUGCCCCCCACCUCCACCCCUGGCUGCCCCUUUUCCCUCCUCAGCACUCGAUGGCCCAAGCCUCCCCACCAAAAGGAAAACAGUCAAACUUUUCUGGCGGGAACUAAAGCUGGCUGGGAGCUCGGGGUACUCUAGAAGCCGCUUUGGACCCUGCCCUACCCUGUGGGCCUCUCUCGAACCUGUCUCAGUAGAUACAGCCCGGCUGGAACACCUGUUUGAGUCCCGGGCCAAGGAUGUAUUACCCACCAAGAAAGCUGGGGAAGGCCGCCGGACAAUGACCACAGUGCUGGAUCCCAAGCGCAGCAAUGCCAUCAACAUUGGUCUAACCACUUUGCCACCUGUGCAUGUCAUCAAGGCUGCCCUGCUCAACUUCGAUGAAUUUGCUGUCAGCAAGGAUGGCAUUGAGAAGCUGCUGAAUAUGAUGCCCACUGAGGAAGAGCGGCAGAAGAUUGAGGAAGCCCAGCUGGCCAACCCUGACGUACCCCUGGGUCCAGCUGAGAACUUCCUGAUGACUCUUGCUUCCAUUGGAGGCCUGGCUGCACGCCUACAACUCUGGGCUUUCAAGCUGGACUAUGACAGCAUGGAGCGGGAAAUUGCAGAGCCACUAUUUGAUCUCAAAGUGGGCAUGGAGCAGCUGGUGCACAAUGCCACUUUCCGUUACGUUCUGGCCACUCUUUUGGCUGUUGGCAACUUCCUCAAUGGCUCCCAGAGCAGUGGCUUUGAGCUGAGCUACUUGGAGAAGGUGUCAGAAGUGAAGGACACCGUGCGCCGGCAGUCACUGCUGUAUCAUCUCUGUUCCCUGGUGCUCCAGACCCGGCCUGAGUCCUCUGACCUCUACUCAGAAAUUCCUGCCCUCACCCGCUGUGCCAAGGUGGACUUUGAGCAGCUGACCGAGAACCUGGGCCAGCUGGAGUGCCGGAGCCGUGCAGCUGAGGACAGCCUUCGGAGCUUAGCAAAGCAUGAGCUAGCCCCAGCUCUGCGUGCCCGCCUCACCCACUUCCUGGCCCACUGUACCCGCCGGGUAGCCAUGCUAAAGGUAGUGCACCGCCGGGUCUGCAACAGGUUCCAUGCCUUCCUGCUCUACCUGGGCUACACUGCACAGGCAGCCCGGGAAGUUGGCAUCAUGCAGUUUUGUCACACACUGAAAGAGUUUGCCCUGGAGUAUCGGACUUGUCGCGAACGAGUACUUCAGCAGCAGCAGAAGCGAGCUACGUACCGUGAGCGCAACAAGACCCGGGGGCGCAUGAUCACUGAGACAGAGAAGUUCUCUGGUGUGGCUGGGGAGGCCCCCAGUAACCUGUCAGUCCCAGUGGCUGUGGGCAGUGGCCCGGGACGGGGUGAUGCCGACAGUCAUGCCAGUAUGAAGACUCUGCUUACCAGCAGACCAGAAGACACCACACACAGCCGCCGUAGCAGAGGCAUGGUCCAGAGUAGUUCUCCUGUCACACACACGGCAGUGGGGCCCUCCACUGCAUCCCCUGAGGACACUUCAGGUUCCAGUUUACCCAGUGAUACAUCAGAUGAGAUAAUGGAUCUGCUUGUGCAGUCAGUUACCAAGAGCAGUCCUAGAGCCUUAGCUGCUCGGGAAAGGAAGCGCUCUCGUGGCAACCGCAAGUCCUUAAGACGGACAUUGAAGAGUGGGCUUGGAGAUGACCUGGUGCAGGCGCUGGGACUAAGCAAAGCUCCUGGCCUGGAGGUUUGAGGGUGCUGCCACCAGGAAGUUUGUGUGGAUACACCUCCAGUACAAGAGACUGAGCAUAAAGAGGGGGCCCGGAGCAGAAAUCUGGUUCACAAGCCUGAACCCAGGAACCAGUAUUGUGAGCAGUAUUAGAUGUGUGUGUGUGUAUGUGUGUGUGUGUGUGUGUGUGUGUACAUGCACAUGUAUUUUGCAUGUGUGAGUUCCCUCUUCGGAACAAAAUAAAGUUUACCUAGCUAA